UGUAACUAUAUAUUCACCCCUUUUUCAGUCUCGCUUGGAGAAUUCUAAGUCAAAUCACAAACCACAACUACACAGACUACACAGACUCCUCGAUAGCUCAAUCAGGUUGUACUUUUGUACGAAGCAGAACUCUCCUAAUACAACAAAAGAGGAAUUUUCAAAGGUACGCAAGCUCAACACCAUCUCAUCAUGUCUCGCAACCCCAACCAAUCUAGCCGAUAUCCCGCAAACCAGCGGGCAGCCGAAUCCGCACGCGGACAAGCAAACAGACAAGUAAGCAGACGAGUGCGCAGUCCCGAGCGCAUGUCAGUUCCAGCCGUAUCUACCAAUCCAACCAAUCCAUCUACAUCUACAUCUACAUCAUUUAAUUCUCCCAUGACGAGGUCUAUAUCGUCAAGUUUUGAAUUAGCAGGUAGUGAGUAUUUGGAGCCGACAUUGGCGGAGAGUAAAUAUGUGCGAAAUGCUACGUCUAAUAGUGGGGAAGUGCGAGGUUCUAAUGAUAGCACAGGGAAUCAAUCUUGGAAGCCAUGGGGAGGAUUUGCGCAAUAUGUGGGUAUGCAACGCGGACGGAGUGUCGCGAAGAAGGAGAUUGGAUCGGGUGCUCAUCGUGCUCCUGCCGCUGCGGAGUAUGAGCAGCGUGGGAGAAGUUCCAGGUACUUGAGAGCUACGGAGAUGCAAGAUAGACAUGAAACUGAGCGGGAUAGUGCGGCUAUGGACUCGGUUGAGUUUGAGCCGACUAUUUACCGUCGUACUCAAUCUUCGUUUGCUAAUCGUAAGAGCUACAAGUCUUUCGGUGGAAGCAAUAAUUCAAGCAAAAGGGGAUAACCGAGACGUCCAAGACGAAGGACGAAAGACGAAAG